CAGAAAAUGAAGGAUCAGCAAGAAGUGUCGAUACAACAGAAAACUAUCCAAAAAAGCAACAAAAAAAGCAGGCCAAGUGGACAAGAGAAGAGGUUUCGACUAUAAAAAAUGGGAAAAGAUAUAGAAACUCAGAAGAUCCCCUGUAA